AUGCGCGAUGAAUCUGCUGCUGGUGCGGCAAGUCUGACCGCCGUCUCUCGGAUGAACCCAUUCGCUGCACUCGCGGCAUGCUCUCCAGAAUUAGUCAAAUACGCUAGCAAAAGUGAAGCGAAGAUCACAGAGACAGUUGAUCUAGAAACGCAACACGCACGACAACUCAGCGAACAGAGACGUACGCUAGAGGGUAGAUGUGCAAUCGCUCUCGGAGAGCAGGAGCGUGAGCUCCGACGCGAAUUCGAUAGCGCUCUUCAGCAGCUCAAAACCGGACAUGCCAAGGCGCUUCAGAAGCAGAAGCGCCAGCUCCAACGCGAACAGGAAAGCGAUCUUCAGAAACAGAAGCAGCAAUCUGACGAAGAACGAGACAACGCUCUUCAGGAGCAGAAGCAGCAGCUUGAGAGCGAAAGAGACUUCGCCCUCCAGGAGCAGAAAGCUCAGCUUGAGCAGAAGCUAGAAGAGGAACUAGACUUUGCUGGGGAACUCCUCAUGCGAGAGACAGAAGGUAACGACUCCAUUCUGCAGAGGUUGACGAAUAGGAUCACAAAGGCUAGCCAGUAUUUCGGCUUUGAGCUGUCAGAAGACAUCGAUCUUGACUGCAAGAUAGAGCAGUUCGCUCUCCUAGCAAGGCUUAACACCUCCAGGAUGUGUCAAGCAGCGUUUAAUGAGUUGUCGCAUCGUCUCAACGUUCCCCUAGAAAGGUGGCCUCCCGUUUGGGAGCUCUUUGACCAAGAGCAUACCGAUGAAUAUAUGGCACUACUUACUAGCCAGGUGGACAGAAUAGUCCAAGCCUGCGACGAUAGAGUCGGCACAGAACAGUGCCGUACUACCAAUGUCCGACGUGCAUCGCUCAUCUCAAAGAUGAAGGUCAGUAGGACCAUCACAGACCUGAGAGAGCAGAUAGCAGCGAACGACAAGUUAUGGGCCGAGGUGGUCUCAAGGUCAGAGGCGUGCUUAGCCGCGAAAGAUCAACACAUCGAUGCCCUAACAGAGCGUCUCAGAUUGCAGACGCAGGUGCUGGACGAGAGACACGUCCUACUGAAGCAGACUGUAGGCGCAGCCGCAGAGUCAGUAGAGUAG